AAGAACUUUUCAAAAAAAUAAAACCUUUUGAAGAAAUUUUACCUAAAGAAAUAAAACAAGACAUUCUUCAAUUUCAUAUGGUACCAUGACAUACAACUAUGCUUAAAUCAUUGCCAAGAGUUUCAAAGAGUACUAAUUUUAAUUCAAAAAUACUUAGUAAAGAACAAUUUGUUAUUAUUGCAAAUUUGAUAGAUAAAAAGGAUGAUGAAUCAGCAUAUAUUAUUAAUAUUCCAUAUAAUUUUAAACUGGAUUAUCGAUUAAAAUGCGAUGCAGCAACUGGUCUAAUAUUUUUCAAACAAUAUAAACGUAAUAAUAAUAGUCCUUUUGUAAUAUUAUUUAAUUUUCGUGAUAAGAAUAGUAAAGAACAUUGUAUAGGAGGUUAUUUUCAUAAUAAUGGGGACAAGAAUGGAAAGCAUUUUACAUUUAGAAUUGGUGGGAUGAAUAUUGUAAAUUUUGUAAUCGAUGAGAUUGGUGUGGAUUUUUGCGGUGUACGCAAUUCAGAAGGGGAAGUAUCACUUGAAAUAUUCCGCGUUAAAAAAGCAACUAUUACUAAUACGUUAAAAUCCAAAGAUGAGGUAUCCCUUAUUCACAAAGACCAAUAAGAUUUUGGUGAGAAAUGAACUAUCACAAAAAGCUGAUAAAGAAUUAGGUGCUGAAAUAGUUAUUAUUUCGAAUGGUUAAAUAAUUAUUGAAUUUAUUUAUAUAUAAAUUUUUUUUUUUUUUUUAAUUAUUAAAAUAAAUUUAUUUAAA